UAUCAUUUUAAAGAUCUAUUAGAUGAUCACUUGUUUUCUCCUCGGGCGGAACCAUUCUCAGAGCCUCGCUGUUUCCACCCGGAGCAGAGAAGUUCCCAGACAUGGCAUCCUGCACGCGGACUGUGUGGAAAGUUUUGUCAGGAUGUCCGAGGCCUCUGCUCGGCGCCGGUGGUCCCAGCUACACGGGCGUCUCUCAAGCUGCACAGAGGAAACUCCCCGUCAGGACCUUUGCUGCCGUCAGGACACAAAAGAAAGACAAGAAAGAGGAAGCGGAGAAAGAGGUGAAGAAGGAGAAGAAGGUUAUCGAUGACGCCAACAGACACAAGCCCUAUGGCAAGACGGCGUGGGCGCCCGUGGAUGACGUGUACAUUUUGAGGCACUACCCCAGGACCAUGUACAACCCGGCGGACGCCAUCGAGCUGCUGAAGAACUUCCAGGUGUUGGACUUCACUCCGCUCAGUCAACCCGUUUAUAUCGACCUGAAGCUGGACAUGAAACUGGAGAAGAAGAAAAAAGUGGACUCCUUCGUCAGCACCGUGCACUUACCUCACCCCUUCAAGACGGAGAUGAACAAAGUUCUGGUCUUCACUGAGGAUCCUAAUCAAGCUAAAGUCGCCCAGGAGAACGGGGCAGUUGUAGCUGGAGGAGCAGAACUCAUACAGCAGAUCUUAGACGACGAGAUUUCAGCCGACUUCUACGUGGCCGUUCCAGAUAUCCUGCCGAAGCUUGUGCCGCUAAAAAACAAACUGAGGAAGAAGUUUCCGAAGAGCAAGAGAGGUUCCGUUGGCGUGAACAUCCCCAAAAUGUUGGCGUUGUUUAAAAUGGGUCACGAGUACAUGGUGGAGAGCGACCGCUUCGUCAGGACCCAGAUCGCCACGCUGGACAUGCCCAGAGAGCAGAUCUUCGCCAACCUGCGGAGCAUCCUGAUCGAUGUCUGCUCCCACCGACCGGCCAACAUGGGACCUUUCAUCCAGCGAGCGAUCAUCGGCAGCCACACCAGCGAAGCUCUGUGGUUCAGAAGUGAAGACGUUUUACCCAAACCAGCGGAGAAGAAGGAGGAAUGAGACGUGUUUCACAUUGUAUAUAAUCAUUGUACUGAAUAAAGUGUUUGUUCUCCUGA